AUGUCUGCUCGUCGGCAGCCGUCGACUACGUCUCUCGCGCGUUUCGCUCGCGCUGGUUCGCCCGACCCUAAUGUCCCUUCGCUCGAUUACUGCAACAACUUCUGGGGUAUUGCGGAUGGUGGCGUUGAAGUCUUGUUCGCCCGCAUGCGCGGCGCCUCACGUACUAUGGAGGAGUUGCGAAACUUUUGGAAGGAGCGCGCAUUGCUAGAGGAGGACUACGCUAAACGGCUGGCCAAGUUGGCCAAAUCCACCGUUGGUCGCGAUGAGAUAGGAGAUUUCCGAACAGCUCUCGAUACAUUGCGGACCGAGACAGAAAAGCAGUCCACCUUCCAUAUCCAACUCGCCUCGCAGAUUCGCAACGACCUCGAGGCUCCCGCCGCCGCAUUCGUCCAGAGACAAACCCAGCACAAGCGCACUGCUAUUGCCGCAAUCGAAAAGCAGUUCAAAAACAAGCAGGCGCAGGAGCAACAUGUUGCAAAGGCACGUGACAAGUACGAGCAGGACUGCCUGCGCAUCAAUGCGUAUACGGCGCAGAGCUCGCUUGUCCAGGGCAAAGACCUGGAACGCAUCACGCUCAAGCUCGAACGCGCGCAGCAGACCGUGCACGCCAAUGAGCGCGACUUUGCUAACUUUGCUCGUGCUCUCCAGGAUAGUGUCGCGCACUGGGAACACGAGUGGAAGAUCUUCUGCGACUCGUGCCAGGAUCUGGAGGACGAUCGGAUGGAGUUCACCAAGGAUAACGUCUGGGCGUACGCGAAUGCCGUCAGCAUCGUUUGUGUGUCAGACGACGAAAGCUGCGAACGUCUUCGCCUUUCCUUGGAGCAGUUCGAGCCCGAGCGCGACCAGGAGAACUUCGUCUCAUCCUACGGUACCGGCAACCAGAUCCCCGACCCUCCUCAGUUCGUCAGCUACUCGUCUCCUGAGGGUGCUCUCCCGUCGUCCACUCGCCCGACCACGCGCCCGGCCCAGUUCGAGCGUGAGUCGCAGCGCACAAACCGCCCCAUCCCGACGGCACCUCAGCCUCAGGACGAUGGGCCCGUCGUGAAUACCGCAGGAGUGGGCUCCGGCAAUCGUGGAUCUAUGAUCGAGGCAGCGCCACAGCAACCACCAUCUCGCGCUCAGAGUCGUGCCAGCGCCCGCCCACCGCCCGAGCAAAAUGGUACAUCACCUGCCCCCAUCACCCAGGCUCUUCCACGCACGAUGACCGGCGGCGCCGGCAGCGGCUCCGCUGUCGAUCCACAACAGAUGAUCUCUAUCGGCGGACAGGCGUACCCUGUCGACCCUGACCGGAACCCGCAAGCCGCGCGCGGCUCUCAAGUCUCUCAGAAUGGACAGAACCCGAACGUCGGUGACAUCUCUGAUCCCAUCGAACGCGCACGUCAGGAGCUGCUUGCGGGCGCAGGUGGCAGCGUCGGACGCUCCGGCACACGGAAGACGACCACUUCCCCGCCCUCAAACCUUGCUGCACCUAGCGGUGCGCCUCGCAACAGGGACUACCGCAACAGUGCGGAGGUCGUCGUUGGUGGGUAUCCGCUCGCGAACUCUCGCCCUUCGUCCCCUGCCGCGCCUCAGCCUCAGUCCUCCGGUAUCACGAACAACCAUAUGCGGCCACAAGGCAGCACUGGCCCGCCACAGGGACAGGACAUGUUCAGCAAUGUCGUUGCGCAGUAUGGCCAGUCGUUCCCUGGCGAGCGCUCGCGCCCGAACUCGCGCCGUAAUAGCUUUAACGAAGCGGCGGGCAUGGGUCAACAACUCCAACGCCCUGUGUCGCGUGAAGGGCAUGCAGGCGUCGGUGCGCAUGGCCGUAGCCCGUCUCCCGGUCUCCCUGGACCUGGACAGGGACCGAUACGUGCCGUCAGUCCCGGUAGGCCCGUGAAUAGCGUAGGCAUCGCGCUCGACCCGCACGGCAACGUCGUCGAAGACAACAUGGCAGGUGCAUACGCGCAACAGCGUCCGCCGGCGCAUAGCCAGGGUAGCUACGGUCCUGGUCCGGGCUCGCAACUCGGCACACCCGCACAAAGCAACCAGAUCGCUCGUAGGCCCAGCGUCUCAGGUUCUCCUGCCGGCUAUGGUCCUCCGCCUGGUCAGAGCCCUGUGCGCGGGUACCAGGGCUACGGACAGCAGCAGGCACCACAGGCCGUCCCGCCGCCCCCGCAACAGCCUCAGUACGGCGCGCCACCUCAGCAGUCGUACGGUCAGGCGGCACCACACCCGUACGCGGCUGCGACGAGUCCGUCGGGGUACGGCGCACCUGCUCAGCAGCAGCAACAGGGUUACGCGCAGAAUGGCCCUGGACGUCAAAAUACGGUUGGGCGCCAGAACGGUCAGCAAGCGGGAUACGGUGCGCCUCCGCCUCAGCAGCAGCCGCAGCAGCAGUACGGUCAGCAUCAGGCGUACCCGGGUGCGCCCCAGAACGCGUACGGAGGUGGAUAUGGCCAGCCUCAGCAGCAGCAGUCGGCGUAUGGUCAGCAACAGCAGUAUAACGCGUAUGCUGGUCGCGGACGGUCGCCGAGCCCUCAACCUCAGCCGCUUGCGCUUAGCCAGCCGGCGAUGCAGCAGAACCAGGCGGUGCCGCCUACACGGCAAUAUACGGAGGACGGGCGCGGAGUUCUGUUCUAUGUCAAGGCGCUGUACGAUUACUCCGCUACCAUCCCAGAGGAGUUCGACUUCCAGCAGGGCGAUAUCAUUGCUGUCACUGCUACACCCGAAGACGGAUGGUGGUCCGGCGAGCUCCUCGACGAGGCGCGGCGCGUGCCCGGACGGCACAUUUUCCCAAGUAACUUUGUGCACUUAUUCUAA